AUAACCAGCCAGUGCCAAGUGCAGUUGUCAACCGAAAUUAGCCAAAAAAUGUUUGCACUUUCUCGCCACGCACUGCGGCGCACUCGAAAUUUCGCAAUUAAUCGCUUUUUUGCAGAUUCACGUCAAGACAACGACAAUCCGGCAAAGAAGUAUUCCGGGCUAACGACUAUGGACAACAAGAGCGAGAAGGUUACGGAGGAGGAGCUGCGCAAGCGCCUGACCCCGAUGCAGUAUCAGGUUACCCAGGAGGCGGGCACCGAGCGUCCCUUCACAGGUUGCUACAACAAGCACUACGAAAAGGGCGUGUACCAGUGCAUCGUGUGCCACCAGGAUCUGUUUAGCUCGGACACCAAAUACGACUCGGGAUGCGGAUGGCCGGCCUUCAACGACGUCCUCGACAAGGGCAAGGUCACCCUGCACCGCGACGCCAGCAUACCAGAACGCAUACGCACCGAGGUCCGCUGCGCCCGCUGCAACGCCCACAUGGGUCACGUCUUCAAGGAUGGUCCGAAACCGACCCGCAAGCGCUACUGCAUCAACUCCGCCUCCAUUGAGUUCGUGAACGCGGAUCCCGCCACCUCCAGCCCGCCCAAGGCCACGCCCACCGCGGCACCCAUUGCCCAGCAGUGAGAAGAGUAUGGGUAAAACCCACGGCCCUCCGUUCCCAAGGUCAAUCAUCAACCAUCCAUCGGAAAAGCGGUAUAGCCCAGCCUCAAUGUCUCGUUGCUGUUAAGAAUUUUUCUACGUGUACUUUCUAACUUUCCGCAAGUGUGGCCAAUUUUAGCUCGUAGUCAGUCAAUUGCCUCUAAAUUUGUUUGUUAAUUCAUACAAAACCGAAAUCCGAAUACUCUGUAACACAUUCAACACAUUACUAAUUUUAAACUGAGCGCGCUAAAUAAACGUGUGUUUU